AUGAUGGAUAACGAAUGUUAUGAAGAAGAAUAUUUGCUGGAUCAGGAGCUCAGCUCUGAUGAAGAUGAUCAUCAUGGAGGCGACCCAAAAAUGAAUGGCAAGAAGGGAGCCGUAAAAUUUUGUGACGAUGCCAAAUUCGUAUCUGCUCAUGGAAAAAUCCUUCUGGAGAAAUCCCAGGCCCCUCCCGUGAAGCUUAAGAAGAAGGAAGCAGCCAAAGAAAUGUGCGUGCAGUUGUUGAUACAGCACGGAAUUGACAUGACCCAUGAGCAGGUCAUGAAAAAAAUCAACAAUAUGAAGGCACGAAUAAAGGCCAAGACGGACCGACAUCAAACGGGAAAUCGAAAAAUUAUUUUAAAAGAAUCGGAAAAAAAGUUUUUCGAAUUGAUGGGAGGAGUCGACAACCCCAGCGUGGCCAAACGUUCUUCAGUUCAGGAAGCAGUUCAUGACGUGACCGAGGAUGGGAACGAGUCAGAAGAAUUUUCGGAUAUAGAAAUUCACAACACGCCUACAAGCCAGAUUGCUCGACAGAAAGUUUCCAAGCAGGGCGUUAGUCAGAAGAUGGUUUUGGAGGAACAACUGAAGCUUAUCAAAGCUCAGCAGUCGUAUACGGCACAGCUACAAGCGCAGCAAGACGAACGACAUCACAAAGAAAUGGAAAUCUUGGCGUUGAAAAAACAAUUAACUUUGUUGAAGUUGAAGGAGAUUCAAGGUGAAAACUAA